AUGAUGGAAGUUUCUACUCCCCAAUUGGACGGGAUUCCUCAUGUUAAUGGGGAUAUCCACACACACGGCAAUGCUCACACUAAUGGAGCUUCCAACGGCGAUUCCAAGGAAGCAUUCGUCGAUGGCAACGUGGCGAUAUCUGCCAACACGCCUGAACUGGUUCCCGGCUUGGUAUCCCAAGUUGCUUCCCUUGGCCAGGUUGCCAACUUGCAAGAUCACAAGGAACGCUCGGCGCUCUUGGACGCUGCUCGGUCCCUUGUGUAUGCCCUGGAGACACCUCGUGAGGCCAUGAUUAGAUACUGCUGGUCCCAGUCAACACUCUAUGCCGCUGUCGAAACUGGCGUUGACCUAGGCCUCUUUGCCUUCUUGUCCAAGGACGACAAGCCCAAGUCUGCUGCAGAUCUAGCAAAAGCCACGGGUGCUGAUCUAGUUCUUCUUGCACGUAUCCUGAAGCACCUCUGUGCAAUGGGAGUUAUUCUCGAGACAGGUCCCAGCGAGUACCGCCGUACGGGCCUCUCAAUCUCACUUGCCAUGCAAAGAUACAGCGACGCAUACCCUUGCAUGACCAACUGUAUCACUGCCGGUGUCCUCGCCCUCCCAGCCCAACUCAAGAAAGACAACUACAAAAACCCAUCAAACGGCAAGCAAUGCGCCUUCCAACGCGGUUUCCAAACAGACCUUCACUUCUUCGAAUUCAUGAAGGCCAACCCAGAAGCCGCGAGCCAGUUCAAUAACCACAUGACAGCCUACCACCAAGGCCGUCCUAGCUGGAUGGAUGUUGGUUUCUACAAUGUCGAGAGUCUAUUCUCCAAUGUCGGCCAGGACGAUGUGCUCCUUGUCGAUGUUGGCGGUAGCAUGGGUCAUGACAUUUCCGAGUUUAAACGCAAAUGGCCUGGUGCCCCUGGCCGCUUGGUGCUUCAGGAUCUUCCGGAUGUUAUUGUUCAGGCCAAAACUAUGCAGUUGAGCUCUGCUAUUGAGGUUAUGGAGCAUGACUUCUUUACUGAGCAGCCUAUUAAGGGUGCCCGCGCAUACUACAUGCACUCUGUCCUGCAUGACUGGACCGAUGAUAAGUGUCGCGAGAUUUUGAAGAACCUCGUUGCUGCUAUGAAGCCUGGACACAGCAAGGUGUUGAUCAAUGAGAAUGUUAUCCCGGAUACUAAUGCGUACUGGGAGACAACCAGUCUGGAUAUCAUCAUGAUGGCAGACUUUGCCUCGACGGAGCGCACUGAAGGUCACUGGCACAAGCUUCUCGAGUCUGCUGGAUUGAAGAUCACUAAGAUUUGGACUGCUCAGAGAGGAGUUGAGAGUCUUAUUGAGUGUGAAUUGGUUUAG